AUGCGGAAGCAGCGGCAGGAAAAGAGCCAAAGUUACAGGAACCUCCCCUACUUUCAGCACCUAGGCUCUGAUGAAGUCUUUGAGGCCCUGGACCGAGUGCGCCAAGCAAACCUCCUACAGAUGCAGUUGAAGAUGCAGAAGGAUUGCUCCUACCUGCAGCAUAUGGAUGACAUGUCCUUGGAAGGUAGGAAUGCAGAGACCGUCGGAAGCUUUGACAAUCUGCAGUUUGCAUAG